AUGGGCCCCGCCGGUAUUAUCUGUCAUAUACUCGCUAUCUUGUGCCUUCUCCCAUGGCGUUCUGCUGUCUCCGCUCUGCAAGAUGUUACUGCCGAGUUGUUCGGGUCGGAAGCCUGGGGAACCGUGGCUGCAUUUGGAGACUUUAAUGCAGAUAAGCAGACCGACAUCUUUCUCAUCAGAUCGAAAAAUCAAUUGAUAAUCUUGUUGGCUGAUGUAAAGACACCCUAUUAUAAGCCAAAACCCAAAGUGGUGCUUCAGCAGAAUGAUCUGGUGAUUACUAAUGUGGUUCCAGGAGACUAUGAUGGUGACUCACAAAUGGAUGUCUUACUUGCUCUUCGAUCUAAGGGUCACAGUGACAACACAAGCAUUGUUAUUUUCUGGGGAAGUAACCAAACAUUGGAUUCAAAACUUUUUACCAGUUUAAAGCACAGCUUUUUGGAUGAACCACUAGUACUGGAUUUUAAUGGUGAUAUGAUACCCGACAUAUUUGGAACCAUCAAAGGGAACACAAAGCCACAGAUAUGCUCAUUGAUUGGAAGAAAUCAAACAUGGUAUUCUGCUUUGGACUCCGAUGUUCAAAUGUAUGUACCUCAUUCUCAUGCUUUCAUUGACCUGAAUAAAGACUUCACUGCAGACUUAUUUCUUACCACUAAAGAGCCUGAUGGAAUUCACUUCGAAAUUUGGGAAAACAAGGAUGGAAAUUUCUCAAAAGCUCCUGCCUCAUAUGACAUGUCAAAGCCUUCAGAUGCCAAGAAAAUUGGACAAUCGGUUUUUGCUGAUUUUGAUGGGGAUGGGCAGCAAGAACAUUUAUUGCCGGUAUGUGCAGAUGAAGACUGCCGUGAAAGCAUCAUUUACCGAAACAUGCCAGGAUCUGAACAGUGGAUUCCUGUAUUGUCCAAUCUGAAGAAUGGCGACACUGUUUGGGGAUUUACUUCACAAGAAUCAACAGCACUGCAACCUUUUCAAUUUCCAAUCACAAUUCACUUAGGGGACUUCAACAUGGAUGGCUUCCCUGAUGCCUUGGCAGUACUGAAGAACAUUUCAGGGAGCAACACGCAAGCUUUUCUACUGGAAAAUGUUCCAUGCAAUGAUGCAAGCUGCAAGCCUGUGGGUCGAAUGUUCAAGGUUCUUUGGGAGCUGUCCGAUUUAAAUGGAAUUAAAAAUGCUGUUGUUGCAACCUUCUUUGACAUUUAUGAAGAUGGUAUCUUGGACUUGCUGGUAUUAAACAAAAAUAAGGAAAAUUCAGAAUUCACCAUCCAUGCUUUGCGAAAUAACUUUGAUGCUGAUGCUUAUUUUGUAAAAGUAAUUGUUCUCAGUGGAUUGUGUUCUAAUGAUUGCCCACAUAAAGUCACUCCGUUUGGUGUGAAUCAGCCUGGGCCAUAUAUCAUGUACACAACUGCAGAUGCAAAUGGGUAUCUUAAAAAUGCAUCAGCUGGACAACUCAGCCAAUCAGCACAUUUUGCACUACAGCUGCCCUAUGUAGUCCUUGGCCUAGGACGUAGUGCAAACUUUCUCGACCAUCUCUAUGUUGGCAUUCCUCGACCUCAAGGAGAAAAGUCUAUAAGAAAACAAGAAUGGACAGCUAUUAUUCCAAAUUCUCAACUUAUAGUCAUUCCAUAUCCUCAUAACUCACCAAAAAGCUGGAGUGCCAAGUUAUAUUUGACGCCCAGUAAUAUUGUAUUACUUACAGCUAUAGCCUUAAUUGGAGUCUGUGUUUUCAUUUUGGCUAUAAUCGGCAUUUUACACUGGCAGGAGAAGAAGGCAGAUGACCGAGAGAAACGCCAAGAAGCACACAGAUUUCAUUUUGAUGCCAUGUGAAAUGCUGUGGUUUCUAAGAGACAAAUGCCAAGUGUUAGAUCUGAAAUAUAACUCCUAGCAAAAAAGAUGACUGUUUAAUGUUGAAUUGUACAUAGUCUAACUGCUUCCUGGAUUUCUUUAGAGGUCCAAUUUAUGGUUUUUGGGUAGUGAUUGCAAAAUAACUUGAGCUGUAUAUUUUGGGGAGUUAAGAAACACUGAAAAAUAAAUUAUGUAUUUCAUUGUGUCACUGCAUGCGUUUUCAAAAGUUUGUUUUCUAAACAUGGUGAAUCUUUCUGAUGUUAUUAAUGUGGCUCAUCAGCUGUGAAAUGUCUAAAAUAAAUGGUCUCUGUGGGAAAAUA